CCCUUUUGUAUUUUUGCUCUUUUUCAUUACAAUGAAGAGAAUCAUCAUGGAUGGAGAUUUGUGCCUCAGCUUUUCCAUCCUGAGCAUCCCUCCUCCAGCAGAGACUGUCUGGUCUUUGCAGAUUUCCAAACCACCUGAGACCUGACAGCAGGCAGAACACAACGCUUGCAAGGAGCCUGAAGAGGAAGGAAUAUGAAGAUGAGUCUGGGAUGGAUACACACUUGUCUCCCAGAGUGCGCAGGGCAACCACAUCCAGGGCUGAGAGAAUCUGGCCAGGCGGGGUCAUCCCCUAUGUGAUCGGGGGAAAUUUCACUGGAACCCAAAGAGCUAUCUUUAAGCAGGCAAUGAGGCACUGGGAGAAGCACACUUGUGUGACAUUUGUGGAGAGAACUGAUGAAGAGAGCUUCAUUGUGUUCACGUACAGAACAUGUGGAUGUUGCUCAUAUGUGGGUCGACGAGGAGGGGGCCCUCAGGCUAUAUCCAUUGGAAAGAACUGUGACAAGUUUGGCAUUGUGGCUCAUGAGUUGGGUCAUGUGGUGGGAUUCUGGCAUGAACACACACGGCCUGACAGGGAUCAGCAUGUCACAAUCAUCAGAGAGAACAUACAGCAAGGUCAAGAGUACAACUUUUUAAAGAUGGAAGCUGGGGAAGUGAACUCACUAGGAGAGACCUAUGACUUUGACAGCAUCAUGCAUUAUGCUAGGAACACCUUCUCCAGAGGGGUUUUCCUCGACACCAUCCUCCCCCGUCGUGACGAUAAUGGGGUCCGGCCAACUAUUGGGCAGCGUAUUCGCUUGAGUCAGGGAGACAUCGCUCAGGCAAGGAAGUUGUACAAAUGCCCAGCUUGUGGAGAGACCUUGCAAGACUCAACAGGUAAUUUCUCAGCCCCUGGCUUUCCAAAUGGCUACCCCUCCUAUUCCCACUGUGUCUGGAGGAUCUCGGUGACCCCAGGGGAGAAGAUUAUGUUGAAUUUCACAUCCAUGGACCUGUUUAAAAGCCGCCUUUGCUGGUAUGAUUAUGUGGAGGUGCGUGAUGGCUACUGGAGGAAGGCUCCGUUGUUGGGUAGAUUUUGUGGUGACAAGAUUCCUGAACCAGUAAUAUCCACGGACAGCAGGCUGUGGAUUGAGUUCCGGAGCAGCAGUAACAUCCUGGGGAAAGGCUUCUUAGUGGUCUAUGAAGCUAUUUGUGGUGGAGAAAUUCAGAAAGAUGCUGGCCAGAUCCAAUCUCCCAAUUACCCAGAUGACUACAGACCUUCCAAAGAGUGCAUCUGGAAGAUCACAGUUUCUGAGGGUUUUCACAUAGGAAUCACAUUCCAAGCCUUUGAGAUUGAAUGGCACGACGCAUGCUCUUAUGACUACCUGGAGGUCCGGGAUGGCCCCACUGAGCACAGCCCACUGAUCGGCCACUUCUGUGGCUACGAGAAGCCAGAAGACAUCAAAUCCAGUUCAAACAAAGUGUGGAUGAAGUUUGCAUCUGAUGCAACCAUCAAUAAAGCAGGCUUUGCAGCAAAUUUCUUUAAAGAGAUGGAUGAAUGUUCUCUGCCGGACAAUGGUGGUUGUGAGCAGCACUGUGAGAACACACUAGGCAGUUACAAAUGCACCUGCGAGCCUGGCUAUGAGUUGACAGCUGAUAAAAAGAGCUGUGAAGCUGCCUGUGGGGGCUUCAUCACCAAGCUCAAUGGGACCAUUACUAGCCCUGGAUGGCCCAAGGAAUAUCCUACUAACAAAAACUGCGUCUGGCAGGUGGUAGCUCCAGCCCAGUACCGGAUCUCUCUGCAGUUCGAAGUGUUUGAUCUGGAAGGCAAUGAUGUCUGUAAAUAUGACUAUGUUGAGGUUCGUAGUGAACUGGCUUCUGACUCCAAGCUACAUGGCAGAUUCUGUGGCUCAGAGAAGCCUGAAGUAAUCACAUCCUAUGGCAACAAUAUGAGAUUGGAGUUCAAAUCAGACAACACAGUCUCCAAGAAAGGCUUUAAAGUUCACUAUUUCUCUGACAAGGAUGAAUGCUCCAAAGACAAUGGUGGUUGCCAGCACGAAUGUAUCAACACCUUUGGGAGCUAUAUAUGCCAGUGUAGAAAUGGCUUCAUGCUGCAUGAAAAUGGCCAUGACUGUAAAGAAGCUGGUUGUGAGCACAAGCUGAGUGGUGCGGAGGGAAUGAUGAGCAGUCCCAACUGGCCUGACAAGUAUCCCAGCCGGAAAGAGUGCACCUGGGACAUCUCUGCAACACCUGGCCACCGAGUGAAAGUGACCUUCAAUGAGUUUGAGAUUGAACAGCACCAAGAAUGUGCCUAUGACCACCUAGAAAUGUAUGAUGGACCCAACAGCAAGUCACCUAUCCUUGGCCGCUUCUGUGGCAGCAAGAAACCAGCCCCUGUUGUGGCUUCUACCAACAAGAUGUUCCUCAGGUUUUACUCUGAUGCUUCUGUGCAAAGGAGAGGUUUCCAGGCAAAGCAUGGCACAGAGUGUGGUGGGCUCUUAAAGGCUGAAGUACAAACUAAGGAGCUAUAUUCCCAUGCUCAGUUUGGGGACAACAACUACCCAGGUCAAGCCAACUGUGAAUGGGUGAUUGUAGCAGAAGAUGGUUAUGGGGUGGAGCUAAUAUUCCAGAUAUUCGAGAUUGAGGAGGAGGCGGACUGUGGGUACGACUACAUGGAGAUUUAUGAUGGUUACGACAGCACUGCACCCCGUCUGGGACGCUUCUGUGGCUCAGGGCCACUGGAAGAAAUCUACUCUGCAGGGGAUUCCAUCAUGAUUCGAUUCCAUACAGAUGACACCAUCAACAAGAAAGGCUUUCAUGCCCGAUACAUAAGUACCAAAUUUCAGGAUGCAUUGCACAUGAGAAAGUAGUUUGACUGCUCCUCGCAGACAUUGCCCAUAUGAAGAUUGAGACAUUUAACUGUGAUCUUUGUCCUUUUUUUUUCAAAGCUUCUGUGCACCUGGCCAAAAGCAGUGUACAGUAUUUUCUGUAACUAAAACUAAAUGCAGUCUCAAAGGUUUGCCUCUGCAAUUAUUAGCAUGAUCCUUUCUUGUUAACAUACCCAGGACCAAAAAAUUGUCUUCUAAUCAUACCUGCCAGGGCAUAAACGUUGUAUUUUGCACAACUUGCCAUGAGGCUGAGUGAAGCCUGAACUUGAAUUGAGAAAAGCUUUCAUCUCUUGCAUAUCUUGUUUCUAGGUGAUAUUUCCCAAGCAUCCACAUGAGCUGUCUGAACAUAUUUUCUGGUGCAGGUGAUGUGGACAGAUGCCCAGUAGGAUUUUUUCAAAGGACUUUUUGAGCCACUCACUCUCCCCUACCAGCCCAAAGUACUCUGUGCAAUAAGAGAACAACCAGAUGGCUGGACAUCCAUCACUCCUACUGUCCCUUCUAUUUAUCGUCUUGCUUAUUGUUGAGUGGAGAGCAAGGCAGGGGACAGGGACAGUCUUUUUAGGGCUUCUAGCUUCUUGGAUCCCAGUAAAUGAGAAAGGCCUAGUGUCUGAUUAGCAGUAAUUGUCAUGAUGUACAUUGAAUGGAGGUUCUCUGAUGCAGUGCCCAAGGGAAGGAUGGUGGCUGAUAUGGAAAUGUGGUGGGAUGCAAAGCAUGAUUCUGUGAUGGUGGCAAAGCUUAGCAACAGGAAUGCUGACAGCAUGCUCCAGUUACACCACCAAGCAAGGCAGCUCAGAGGACUGUGGCAGCAGUCCAGGCCAUAUCUUAAAUAAGGAAUCUCUCCUCCUCAUUCCACCCAUGCCUGCUUUCUCAGCCUUCUUUUCACUGCUUCCUUUGCUCACUACCAUUUCCCUGUGAGCCCUUCCUUUUCACAGCUGAGCUGCUCUCCCCAGGGCUGCCCACCACAACAUAGGAGUGCUCUGCAACAUCAGCUGGCUGGAGCAUCUCACUGAAGGGAAUGCUGGGGCAGAGGGAGUCUGGGUGUCCCUGAGGGAGAGGGACGCAGGCCAUGCUAUGGGUCAGCUCAGGUGAGCUGUGGGAACCUGUCAAACAUGUGCAACCUGCAGGCAGGGGACUAGGAACAGAAGAGCUCUUCUGGUUUCUGCUUCUUCCCCAUUUGUCACUGGUGCAUGGCCCAGUCUCUUAAUUUCAUGGGAAAGGGGCAAGUGAGAUGGUGACUUAGAGCACUUUGGGCUAUAAGGCUCGUUUGCUCAUGAAAGCUACCAAACCACAGGCUUGAAGAAUUAACAGGUAGCUUGACAUUUCUUUGGGAAAAAGUAGGGAAAACUGCGCUUUUGGGGGAAGCACUGUAAUUGAACUGUUGAUAUGGGAGUU